UUGCCUGUUCAUUUGUAGGAUCCCCUCAUCUACGCGACAGUUUGGUAGAGGCGCCGGGUAUUUCUCAGUUACUACGGCAGUGUUACGCCGAAGCCUGCGGAUUCGAGGACUUCCUCCUGAGUUUGGGCUCUUACAGGAUUCGCGUAAAAGAUCGAGAAAGAUGGUUGAUGAGAAGGAAUCCGAGCAGAAUUCUCCAGCAGCCAGUUCCGCUUCAAGUAAUAUCGCACCAAUACCGAUCCUGACGUACCAACUACCCAGAAGCCCGUGUAUAUUCAGCAGGGAUAGCCAAGAAGACACUAAUAGAUGGCUCAAGGACUUUGAUCGAAUCGCCAACUAUAACCACUGGGAUGAUCAAAUGUGUCUGGCGAACGUCAUUUUUUACCUUGGCGGAACCGCUCGACAGUGGUUCGAUAAUAAUGAAGAUACAUUUACCAGUUGGACUGUUUUCAAGACUGCUCUUAAGAACACCUUUUUCCGAGCAGCUGAUGUAAAGCGCCAAGCUGAACGAGUACUACUGACAUGUGCUCAGCAAAUCGAUGAGACGUCUGAAGCAUACAUUCAAGAUGUUCUCGCUCUCUGCCGGAAAGUAAAACCUUCUAUGUCUGACGACGAAAAAUUGGCCCACCUCAUGAAAGGUAUUGCUGAAGAUUUUUACCAGGUCCUGUCAUCCCAGGACUAUGGCAGCGUCGAUGCCUUCGUGAAACGCUGCCGUCACAUAGAAAGCCUUCGAUGAAGACGUAUCGCCCGAUCACGAUUCCAGAGGCUGCCUAAUGUCUCCGCGGUCUCGGCCGAUGCGGACGCCAGUGAACUAAAGUCUAUAGUGCGCACCAUCGUCAGAGAAGAGCUUCAGAAGGUCCUUACGCAAGUUCAGGGCUACACGGAAAUAGAACCCGUAGCACCGAAUGACAUAGCAUCUGUGGUCCGGGAAGAGGUUAUAGAGGCGCUGGCACCACUCACAGGAGCAGGGAGAAGCAAAAACACUACCCAAUGUUCACUUCCAGUUAGGUCGCAACCAAGACGUGAAGCCAGCCAGAGAACUGCUCCACAACGUAGGACAGAUCUGUGGAGGACUCACGAUAAUGUACCUCUCUGUUUUCAUUGCGGUCGCCGAGGACAUGUUCUGAGGUACUGUAGGGAAACACGCCAGAUAUUUGAAAAUGCAAGAGCCGCAAAGACAUCCAACCCUCGAUGGGACAGGGACACUGAAUCUACAUACAGCUUCGACGACGAAUAUGCACAACCUAGUUCUUCCCGAAUAAGGAGCAGUUCACCUUAUCCGUGACGCUCUCUCAAUCGUCGACAAUCGCAGUCACCAGUACGCCGGUCCAGCCGUUCCCCACGCCGAACCAAUGAAGAAAACUAGCUCAAGCGACCUGUACAGGAGGUGAGGCCGCAGUUGAAGAAAAUCCUCCGACGUACAACACAGCCAAGUUGGAAAAGAAUAACACUUUUAUCACCGUGAACGGACAGUGUGUGAAAGCCCUUGUUGACUCGGGUGCCGAUUAUUCUGUCAUAUCUGAACAGUUACGUCGACAGCUAAAUGCUCCUAUGUUUGCUGAGAAUGGACCUGUAUUGAAAACUGCCUGUGGUAAAACUGUAGCUGCCUCGGGACGCUGUGUAUUGAAAGUUGAUUUGAAUGGGACUAAGAAGCCGUUUGAAUUCCUUGUGUUUCCUGAAUGUAGUCAUCAAAUGAUACUUGGAUGGAAUUUUUUCCGUGCCACCGAUGCCGUUAUCGAUUGUGGAAAUCAAGAACUUACACUUGCAGAAAUCCUUCCACACAUUGAAUAUUUAAAUAAGUCACAGCUCUCCUUGUUUGCCAGCAACCGAUUAUGUAAUUGAAGCAAACAUCGCAAAGCGAAUACGUGCCUUGAAUUCAGAGCUACGGGAAGCAGACGAAGCUAUGAUUGUUGGAAAUAGAGUUCUUAUGUGCGAAAAAGAACUAUCGAUACCAGCUUCAAUUGUCACUAUAGAGGAUGGUUGUGGUAAAUUAUGGGUAACUAAUUGUUCUCGACGAACCCAACUGAUACCGAAAGGGAUGAAUGUCGGCUAUUUAACGACCAUAAAAGCGACGCUAUUUGCUCCCUCAGUGAUCAGGCUCCAGCAGGUCCCAAGGGACAUAGGUCCAGGAAAAGGUUAUCUCAAGAAAACUUAAAAGAGAUUUUUGAUACUGAUUUGUCCAAUGCUGAGGAAGACGAGCUAUUGAGUCUACUAGAUGAAUUUAGUGACAUUUUUGA